AAUCCCUUUAGCGGCGGGAGGCAAGAACCCUAAAUCUCUCCUGUUAGCAGGCGAAUAAGCCAGCGGCUUGGCGCUAGUCAGGUGAUUCUAGGGGGCUCUGGCAGCAAUCUAUGGAAAUCUCGUGUCGGGAGCUUAGACUCUUGCAGCGGGAGCUGGAUUUGCAUUCUAAGUAGUAGAUCUGAGCUGUCACAAAACCCUAGGGGGAAUGGAGACGGCUGUGAGCACCUCGGCGCUUCCUAGAUCAUCGUCCAAGGCGCGAGAAUCGGCAUGGAAGACAGAGCGAGGAUCUUGGAGAGCCGACCGAGCGCUAUCGAGCCUAGUGCAUAUAGACUGCCUCUCGUCCAACGCGGCGAAUCAAGACGAUUUUGAGAAGGACUCGGAGGAAGAUCGAAAGGGGAAGAACAAGAUCGCGUCUUUCAAGGCUAUCAUUGCGUCCAAGAAGCUGAGGUCAUCGUUCCGGAGGAAGAGACGGAGAAAGAGAUCGCUGAUCGAGGACGUGUGGGACGCCGAGGAGCAAAAGGCCGUGGAUGCUUUUAGACAGGUUUUGCUAGCUGAGAAUCUCCUUCCAGACAGGCAUGACGAUUACCAUACGCUGCUGAGAUUUUUGAAGGCUCGGAAGUUUGAUCAUGACAAGGCCAAGAACAUGUGGAUCGAGAUGCUGCAAUGGAGGAAAGACAACGACGUAGACACUAUUGAAGAGUCUUUUGCAUUCGAGGAACUAGAAGAGGUGAAGAAGUAUUACCCCCAUGGUAAUCACGGCGUGGACAAAGAAGGAAGGCCUGUUUACAUCGAGCGUCUUGGCAAGGUGGAACCGAAUAAGCUCAUGAACGUCACAACCAUCGAUAGAUAUUUGAAGUACCAUAUAUGUGAGUUCGAGAGAACCAUCAACAAGAAGUUCCCUGCUUGUUCGAUUGCGGCAAAACGGCACAUAGAUUCUACCACUACGAUUCUGGAUGUGGCUGGUGUGGGUCUCAAAAACUUCAAUAAGACUGCACGAGAGCUGAUAAUCAGGAUGCAAAAAAUUGACGGCGACAAUUAUCCUGAGACUCUACACAGAAUGUAUAUCGUGAACGCCGGAUCUGGGUUUAGAUUGCUGUGGAAUACUGUCCGAAGCUUUCUGGAUCCUAAAACUACCUCAAAGAUCACAGUCUUAGGAAACAAGUUUCAAAGCAGACUCCUCGAGGUUAUUGAUGCAAACGAGCUGCCAGAAUUUCUUGGCGGGACCUGCAAUUGUCUCGUGGAAGGUGGCUGCAUGUGCUCUGAUAGAGGACCGUGGAAAGACCCAUCCAUUUUGAAGGCUGUUAUGGAUGGAAAAGCGAAGUUUGCAAGACAAAUUGUGACUAUAGAUUCCGGUGGAACAGAAAUUAAGGUCCGAGAGCUGGAUGUUUCAACUGCAGAAUCUGGCUCGGACGUGGAUGACUUCUCUGUCAGAACGAGACCAGGUUUCGUGAGGCUGAACUCCGUGUCUGAAGAGGUCUAUGGCGGUGCUAGACUUUUGGACAACCCGGACUUGGUCCUUGGUAAUGAGAUGGUACCAAUGGUCGAUAAGGCUGUUGACAACAUUGCUAGCGUCUACGUGAAGAAAACGGACUCGAACGGCUACAGCGCCAGCAUUCAUGCAAGAGGCAAUGCAGAUAUUUCCAAGCUCCACCCGGGUGCUUUUGCGAAUUACCUUGCAGCAAUUUUGGCAUUUUUCAUGAGUGUUGUGAUCAUUGCUCGAGAAAUUUGCAAAAGAAAACAGGAGAUGCUUACUGGCGGCGUUGGUUCAAGCUCGCGUGUCGUCCAUAAUUUGCAACCACCUGCUGUAGUGGAGCAAAUGGUCUCUAGUGGGAUCAAGGACCGUGUAGAGAAGCUUGAAGGGCUUGUGAGGGAGCUACUUGAGCAAAACGAGAAGCUGAAGAGAAUCAUCUCUGUUGAAGCGGCUGAACGGAUCAAGGCGCUCGAGGAUGAACUGGCUGAGACAAAGGAGAGCCUUCGCAGCAUGCAAAUCAAGCAAGAGGAGCUGCAUACUAGUUUUGAACAAUUAAAGGAACGAAGUUUGCAGCGGACGGGGUGGUGUUGGUAAAACCUAAGCUGACUUGUAUAGCGUGGAAUAAGACUGCACGAUAUGUAGAGGAGUGAUGUUUGAUGCAAUAAAACAUCUGUUUGGGUGA